AUUUUCAUUUGAUAGGAUUGGUAAUUGAAGUUUAAUGACGAAAUGUCACAAUUAUAAUAUAUUGCAAUUGUGAUGUUUUUGGGUUAGAAAUUUGGCAUCAGAAACUAAAACUUAAGAUAAAGAAAAUUUCUAAUCACAAAAUUUUGUAAUAUACGAAUAUCACCAUGCCGCGAAUUAUGAUAAAAGGUGGCGUUUGGCGGAACACGGAGGAUGAAAUUCUUAAAGCGGCUGUUAUGAAAUAUGGGAAAAAUCAAUGGUCUCGUAUUGCUUCGCUGCUUCACCGCAAAUCCGCCAAACAAUGUAAAGCUCGUUGGUAUGAGUGGCUGGAUCCAAGUAUUAAGAAGACAGAAUGGUCACGAGAGGAGGACGAGAAGUUGCUACACCUCGCCAAGUUGAUGCCUACGCAAUGGAGAACUAUAGCUCCUAUCAUUGGUCGUACUGCUGCUCAAUGCUUAGAGCGAUAUGAAUAUUUACUCGACCAAGCUCAAAAGAAGGAGGAGGGUGAAGAUAUGGGAGAUGAUCCUCGUAAACUUAAACCGGGAGAAAUUGAUCCUAACCCAGAGACAAAGCCAGCUAGACCUGACCCAAAAGACAUGGAUGAAGAUGAAUUGGAAAUGCUCUCAGAAGCAAGAGCUCGCUUAGCCAACACACAAGGUAAAAAGGCAAAAAGGAAGGCUCGUGAAAAGCAGUUAGAAGAGGCACGCCGAUUGGCAGCUCUGCAGAAGAGGAGAGAACUCAGUGCUGCUGGAAUUUCUGUACCAAUUAGGCGUAAGAGGAAACGUGGUGUGGACUAUAACUCAGAAAUACCUUUUGAGAAAAGGCCAGCUGCUGGAUUCUAUGAUACAUCUACUGAAAUUGUGGAUCCCAUGGCACCUGAUUUUUCAAGACUUCGUCAACAACAUCUUGAUGGAGAACUACUUUCCGAAAAGGAAGAGAGAGAGCGUCGCAAGGACAAACAGAAACUAAAACAACGCAAAGAAAAUGACGUGCCUCAAGCAAUGUUACAGGGUGACAAUCCUGCACGAAAAAGGAGCAAACUCGUUUUACCUGAACCCCAAGUUUCAGAUCAAGAGUUGCAACAAGUGGUGAAGCUCGGCCGCGCGUCGGAGGCGGCGCGCGAGAGCGCGGGCGAGGCGGGCGCGGCCACGGACGCGCUGCUGGCGCACUACGCGCUCACCCCCGCGCCCGCCACCGCGCUGCGCACGCCCGCCGCGCACUCGCAGCGGGACAGAAUCCUAAUGGAAGCACAGAAUGUGAUGGCCCUAACACAUGUGGAUACACCUCUGAAAGGCGGACUUAACACUCCCUUACACGAGUCUGAUUUUUCUGGAGCCUUGCCACAGUCCCAAGCAGUCGCGACGCCAAACACCGUUAUCGCUACUCCAUUUAGAUCAACACGCAGUGAAGCUUCGACACCGGGCAGCUUCGCUACUCCUGGUCAUGGUCCCCAGCAGCCCGGCCUAGUAACUCCUGGCUUACGUGACAAGCUGAGUAUAAAUCCAGAGGACCAGUUAAGCACUGGAGAAACUCCACAACAAAAUAAUCAGGUCCAGAAGCAGCUGAAAGCAUCAGUGCGCACCGCGCUGCAGGCGCUGCCCACGCCUCGUAACGACUACGAGAUAGUGGUGCCCGAGCACGAGGCGGAGUCGGGCGAGGCGGCCGGCGACGCGCCGCCCGAGGACCAGGCCGACGCCGACGCGCGCGCGCUGCGCGAGGAGGAGGAGCGCCAGGCGGCGGCGCGGGCGCUGCGCUCGUCGGCGCUGGUGGCGGGCGCGGCGCGGCCGGCCGAGGUCAACGCGAGCGUGGUGCGCGGCGCCGGCCCGCUCACGUCGCUGCAGCGCGCGGAGGAGCUGCUCAAGGCCGAGAUGCUGGCCAUGCUGCACUACGACGCGCUGCACGACCCGCCGCCCGGUGUGGACAAGAAACGUAUAGUUCAACUGCAAGCUUCGCACCUGGCGUACCUGGAGCAGCAUCCUUACGAACAGUUCACCGCCGAAGAGCUUGAUGAGGCGAAGGAGGAGCUGCGCAAGGAGAUGGAGGUGGUGCGCGCCGGCAUGGGCCACGGAGACCUCGGCAUUGACGCCUACACGCAGGUCUGGGAGGAGUGCCUCGCUCAGGUGCUGUUCCUACCUGGACAGAACAGAUAUACGCGCGCUAAUUUAGCGAGCAAGAAAGACAGACUGGAAUCUGCAGAGAAGAGAUUAGAACAAAACAGAAACCACAUGGCAAAGGAAGCUAAGAAAUGCUCAAAAAUGGAAAAGAAAUUACGAGUACUUACAGGUGGUUAUCAAAGCAGAACGGCAUCUCUUAUAAAGCAAUUUCAAGAGUUACAAGAUCAAAUCGAGCAGGCGAAUUUAGAGUUAUCAACGUUUAAAUUUUUGGCUGAACAAGAAAAGGCCGCCAUUCCACGUAGAAUAGAGUCUCUCACAGAAGAUGUCAAUCGUCAAACAGAACGCGAAAAACAGCUACAAAAGCGAUAUGCGGAUUUACAAGCUGAGUUGGAAGAGCUGCAUAAAAUAAGAAAGACCAAGGAAGUGGAACCAAAACCCAUAGAAGCGGAGGUUUAAUGGAAAUAAUUUUUAAAUGUAAUAUAACAUAGUUAGACCAUUUAGAGUGUAUUUAAGUAUGUUAUAAAUAUCUGACUUUUCUCUUAGCAUCGAUACAAAUAUUAUGUAAAGAGUAAAUAAAAAAAAUUAU